CUGUGAUUCCAUCAUCCACCAGUUUCCUAGUAUUUACGCGUGACACACACACAUUGACAGUUAUCUCUAUGCCCUCAUCCACCAAUUUGCUGUCAGGCGGAUCGAAACGUCGUUCAAGUAAACGUCUCGACGAAAAAUAUUAAAAUAUGCCGACAUGCGUGAUAAAAUGCUGCAAAAAUUAUACCGAUCGCAAGAAAAAACGGGACGGGAUAACUUUUCAUAGGAUUAAUAAAGAAAAUAAAGAUUGGACAAAUCGUCUUGUAGAUAUUAUAAGAAAAUGCAGACAUGAAACCGAUUGGAUUCCUUCCAAAUCAAGCGUGAUUUGUAGUGUGCAUUUUGAUGCAAAUGAUUUUUAUACCUCAAAAGGUGGACGUCUUUAUCUUGUUAGCAAUGCGAUACCAAAGAAGGUAUAA